AUGGCCAGCACAUUCGCAGCAGCCGGGCCGCCGCCUCCAGGCGUAACGCCGAAUUUCAUUGAUCCUCCCGACACCCUCUACUGCGCCAUUAUCACCACCACCUCGUUGAUUAUUUCCAUCACAUCGGUGUUUGCCGUCUGUCGGCUGGUGGCGCGCGGGAUGACGGCGAGGAUUUCGUUGGAUGAUUAUUUAUUGGUUGUGGCCUGGUCCAUCAACGUCGGGUAUAAUGCUGUGCUUAUAUGGCAGAGCAAGACGGGCUUUGGGCGGCAUCUGUGGGACGUGCGAGCCAGCGAUGCCGUGUUGAUAUCACAGCAAAGCUGGGCCCUGGAACUCAUUUAUUGCCCCCUCAUGUGGCUCGCCAAAGCCUCCCUUCUCUUCCACCUGCAAGGCAUCUUCGCGCCGCUCAAAAGCGGUGCUGUCUUCAUCGCCAUCCAGGUCCUGAUCUGGGCCAAUCUCGCCUUCUACACCGCCAUCUUCAUUGCGGUGAUCUUCAUGUGCUCGCCGCAAGAGAAGAUCUGGGACUCGUCCAUCACGUCGGGCCACUGUCUGAAUCGCAAUGCGGAGAUUUUGGCAGCGGGCAUUUUCAACUGCGUGUCGGAUGUGUUUAUUUUUGUUUUGCCGCUGUGGGCGAUUUGGCAUUUGCAUUUGAGCUUGAAGCAUAAGUUGGGCGUGUCGGGGGUGUUUUUGACGGGGUUGGUUGCUGUGUCCUCCUCGCUGGGCCGGGUCAUUUACUCCUUUCGCUCAACCAAGACGAGUGACACUACCUAUGUCUAUGCGCAGGUGUCUCUGUGGACACUCGCCGAAAUAGCCUCCAUCCUCCUCUGCAUCUGUUUCCCCGCCAUGCCACUUUUCUACAAAGUCGUCUUCCGGCGCAAAAUGCUGCUUCGCAAUGGCAGCUACGGCAGCAAGCCGCGGCGAUACCGUCGGCAAACGACCGGGGCACAUCAGCUGCAACAACAGCAACAACAACAUAGCCUCCCGCCAGCAGGCAGCAUGUCAUCGUACUGGCGGAAGGAUCAGUGCUAUUCAUGUCGCAGCGGGGCGCAUUGCGUCCUGCAUGGAGAUGCGACCAAGUCGGAUUGUACGACGAAUAUACAUGGGUGGUCGUCCGGCGGGACGGAUGAGGGCAUAACAGCAAGCAUAGCGAGGGGGAUAGGCAUUGCGAGGACGCAUGAUGGUGUUGAUGGGAUUCACCAGACGAUUAGUAUAGAGUUGACGUCGAAAAGGGAGAGUGCAGAGAGUACUCAAGAUCUGGUCUGA